GUUCAGGUUGGAAGAGAUCAGUGUUUGUUUGUCAGUAUGCUUCAGGGGUAGAAAGGGUGAUGGAUUCAAGCUUCUGCUUAUUGUCUGACUGUGCCACAGAAGCAGCAGGAUUAGGAAUGGGUUUGCAUUAUAGGGAUCAACUGUGAGACCUCCAGCUCCUGCCUGAUGUAGCUCAGCUCACGAUUCACACACCUCUUCCUGUGUGACAGAGCUGGAGCGGGACCAAGAAUGAGCAGAGCUGGAUGAUCUUCAAGGUCCCUUCCAACCUAAGCCACUCUGUGAUUCUAUGACCUGCUCCCCCAUGGACUUUGAAGGCUGUUGGGUCAGGUCCUGCAGGAAUCCUGUUUCUCACAUGCAGGCCCAGAGGCCAGAACCAGACCUCUGGCUUCUGUACAGAAUGCUGCUAGAGUACAGGUGAAGAGUCACUGAGCAGCAAAAGAAACUUUAAACAGUGGGGACUGGGAGGUGAGAGAAGGGGCUCCCCAGAGCUCACGGUGCAGGAGAUAGUUGUAAGGGUGGGUAAGGAUGAGAAAGGGAUUUAUCUUGAGUCAACGUCUGUGAUUUAGUAUAUGCAAUGGAUGAAUUGUGUCUUUUCAGACAGAUCUGAAUUCAGGGUGCCUGCUAUUGCCAUCUGAAGGACUAAGUGGGAGCUCUGUGGAAGGCCUGUGGGUUGCAGUGCCCUUCUAAUGGCUGCUUCUAUUCAUGUCUGGUUUGCACCCGUAGCUUCCUCACAAGCCAAGGUCAGAGACUUGGCCAAAGGUUGUGUGACUGUGAGGGUCCUGGUGGGCACCAAGGUGGGCAGCAGGGUGCUCAAGCUUGCUUCUGUCCAUUUUUGGUCCCUGAGCUCCCCAGCUCCAUCUCUGCUGUGCCUGGGCUGGUGGCAGCGGUGCCCUCGGAGCGCUGUCCUGCUGGGGGGCCGGAGGCCGGCUCUGUAAUGGAUCCUCACCAGGUGGUUACCGUUUAGAGGCUUUGAUCUCCUGCUGCUUCAUUUUUUUUCCAGCCCCUCGAUUGAAUUUCUCUCAUGUAACCGAGCUCCACUGAUAUAUUCUGGCCAUAUAUAAUGGAUGGAGGUUGAAUGAGGAAACAAAAACAGCGCUGAAUAUCGGGAGCAGCCAUGCGGGUCCUGCAGUCGGACCCCCUCCCUGCCACCGCCCCACAGGUGUGUGCAGUUGGGCACAGGGUGCCUGCACUCACAUCCAGCCCUGAGCCAGCCUUGGAUUGUGCAUCGCUUGACCUGGAGGUUGGUGCAGUGGAUACGUCAGGACGGUGGGUGCCGGGCUCCAUCCCUCCUCCAUCUCCACAUCAUCCUAUUGAUCCUAAAGCCCAUCAAGGCUGUGCCAGCACUGCUGUAUCGGCUGCAUCUUUGGCUCCUGCAAGGCUGGUGGUGAGCCGGCGGCCGAUGCCGGCCAGCACAUUUGCUUCACUAAUGAGGCUCCUUCUUUUCAAGGGCUUUGAGAUAACAACCUGCGGUGUGAGCAGCAGCACUGGGAUCCAGUUGCUUGUUUUUUGCCCAGGACGGGGUGCGGGCAGCACAGUGCUCCCGGCUCCAUGUUCCUGGGGGGCCACCCUGCCCCCCAUUCUCCCCGGCUCCGUGCAGGUGAGAAGCACCCCGCUCUGCUGGACGGGCACCCUGGGAUGAGCCUGCACUGCUGAGCCCCAUCUUCUGCUGCAGCCCUGUGAGCACUGCCUGUGGCAGCGAGCCCCGAGCUGCUGUCCCUGCAGUUCAGCCCGAGGCAGGCAUGGGAACACUGCUGCUGGCACCCGCCCAAGCGGAUCAGGAAAGUGUCUGCAGUGGGGCCACUGCUGGGCAGGGCUGCCAGUGAGGGUGUCUGCUGUGCCCAGGAGCAGAGCACCCAGCCAGGGCCAUGCUGCAGUGUGAGCUGCAGGAUCUGCAGGUCCUCCCUGCGGGUGGAUAGACACGAGGAGCACAGGGCUGUGUCAACAGAUGCGCUCACAGCUUCUCCUGGUUCUCCUCAUCUAGCUGUGAGUGCUUUGCCUAGCAUAAAUGUCUGAACACAUUUCUCUGCCCUCACUCCUGUGCUGGUUCUGCUGUCUCUCCCAGCAGAGCGAGGAUGCAGACUCCUCUUCCAUCCCACAACAUGUCCCCGUACCCCUGUCCCCACAAGGUCCCAGACACGAGGGUGAUGCAGCCCAACGAGCCACCGCUGCCUGAGCUGAAGCUCCGCAGACCCGUACAGCGGGGAAGGAUCCCGGCGCCCUUCAUGGACCCGGGCACGGCAGCGGAGCCGGCAGCACCCUGGAAAGACCCCCACGGCACCACCGCAGUGGACCCUCUGGAUGUGGACGCCUUGGUGCCCACGCAUGACGAGCGGGGCCGCGCCAUCCCUGAGUGGAAGCGGCAGGUGAUGGUGCGGCGGCUGCGGGCACGGCUGGCGGAUGAGGUGCCCGUGUGUGAUCAGGUAGGGCCGGGCUGUGGGUGGGACACAGAGCCGGGCGCCUGGCGUUUCUCACCGUCCCACGAGGCCGUGCUGGGCCCAUUUGGUGAGCUGCUGACCGAGGCCGACCUACAACAGCUGGAGAGGGCAGUGGAGAGCCUGCGGCUGCGGCGCCGAGGAGAGGCCUACCAGGACGAGCUGCAGCGCCUGGCGCAAGAGCUGCGCACCUUGCUGCCCUCCCCGCUGCUCAGCAUCACCGUUCACAGCCCUCCUCCCGCCCCAGGGCAACCCUUACCGCUUUGGUGCGGCCGCCUGGCCGGUGUGGUAGGCAGCCUGGAAGCGCUGUUGGCCAAGGCCGAGGGGGCUCGUGGCAGCCCCGUGCCUGCCCCGCCGCCCGCACCGCUCCCUGCAGCCCCGCGGACGCCGUCGGGCAGCGUGGCACAGCGGGAGAUCAGGCAGUGCGGGGUGAGCGUGAGCAGCCUGCGCGGGGCCUUCGAGCGGCACGGCGGCGGGGAGAGCGAGACCGCAGCGGUGGUGGAGGCCGCCAGCGACUCGGGGAUCAGCUGCGAGGAAGCGCCGUCGGAAGGCAGCGGCUCACCGGUGCCCGAGUCAGCCGGCCUGCGCAAGGAGCGCAUCGUGCUGCUCUUCCUCAGCCAUUGGAAGCGCUCGGCCGGAGGCCUCAACGCUUGGGCUGCGGCGUGCCGGGCGCUGCAGGCUCAGAGGGAGAGAGCGGGCGCUCCGGGCGAGGAGCAGGCGGGCAGGAGGGGCCGCCUGUCGCGGCAGUGCAGCGCCAUCCAGCAGCUCCUGGGCAGCUGGAGGGACGUGGCCGCCUGCCCCCCGCCGCCGCUGCCCCCCGCUGCGGGCAGCCCCCGCUCCCCGCUGUCCCCCGAGCAGUUUGUGCGGCGCGCCGACGGGACGCCGGCCGACUACGACAGCCUGACGCUGGAGCUCUUCAUGCUGGGCUACUUCCGCAUCCUGGAGCGGGAGCUGCCCCCCGAGGAGCGCCGCGGCCGCCACCUGCUCUGCUUCGAGGUGUUCGACCACCUGGGCCGGCACGGCUGGGACACAGCGCGCGCCUUCCACCGCGCCGUCACCGACGAGAUCGCGGCCGGCCGGCGGGGCUGGGGGGACGGCUUCGAGGACAUCAAGGAGCGCUUCUUCGGCACCGCCAAGGGCUCGGCGUGGAGAGCGGGGGGAGCAGGGGGCAGCCCCCCGCAGAGCGCAGCCCGCCGUGGCCGCAGCAGCCAGGAGGAGAUCUGCAGGUGCAUCGACCGCAGCUUCGCCUUCUGGAAGGAGAAGGAGGCCGAGAUCUUCAGCUUCGAGGAGUGACGCCUCAUGACACCCGUGGACGCCCCCUCUGUGCUUCUCAAAGGGCCUCAAUAAAAGCGU